AUGGACACGGAGGCGAAGAUCGAGGACGUCUGGACGAACCCCAGCGGCACGCUCAAGGGCGUGGGACCCGGCACGGAACUUGACUGGUACGUGCAGCGGCUGCGGGCCAAUCAAUCAAACGUCGUCAAGGUCGACCUGUGCAAACAGAUGCUCGGCCCCGAGGGUGCGAGGGAGAUCAUGGAGGCGCUGGAGAACAGCACCACCGCGCGCAGCGUACUACUGGGCGCCGACGAAAUCGGACCCGAGGGAGCCCGCGCCGUUGGCCAAGCGCUGCUCAAGAACAGGAGCCUCAAGACCGUGUUCCUCGGAUGCAACGGAAUCGGUGAGGAGGGCGCCAAGUACAUCGCGGAGGCGAUCGAGAACAACGACGUGGUGGAGGGCUACUGGCUCAAGCGCAACCAGAUCGGCCUGACGGGCCUCCAGGCCAUCCUCUCCGCCCUCCGCACCAACCAAUCGGUGAAGACGCUCGAUCUGGUGCAGAACAACCUGGGCGUGGAGGGCGCGCGACUGCUCGAGGAGGCGUUCGUCGACGCCGCGCACCCGCUUUCCAUCAUCAGCCUCUACCUCUCGGGCAAUGAGUUUGGCGUGGACGGCGCGCGGCACAUUGCGGGCAUCAUCCGCCGCAACACCACCAUCAAGCACCUCUACCUGGGCCUCAACAACCUGGGCGAAGAGGGCGGGCUGCUCAUCGCCGAGGCCCUCAAGGAGAACAAGACCCUGCUGACGCUGGCCGUGUUGUCCAACGAGCUCGGGCCGCGCGCUGCGGCCACAUUCGCCGACGCGCUCCGCCUCAACAAUACCCUCACUUGCCUCGAUCUGGGCUAUGCCAAAGCCACGAAGGCGCUGGAGGGCAAGCCCAACGUUAUCGAGGACGCUGGCGCCCAGGCGAUCGCCGCCGCCGUGGCCGAGAACACGUCGCUGCGUGUGCUCAAUCUUACCCAGAACGGGAUCGGCGAGGCCGGCUACCUGGCUGUAGCCGAGGCCCUGCGCACCAACACCUCGCUGACGCACCUCGUGCUCGACCGCAACCGCAUGCCCACGGCGCCCGUUUACCAGGCCUUUACCGACGUCCUCACCACCACCAACACGACCCUCUCCAAGCUCACCCUCGCCAACGCCUCCCAGAGGCAUCCGAAUGCGAGCCUGGCGGCGCAGCUGAAGGCGCUGGUGGCCCGCAACAAGGCGCGCGCGGCGAAGCUGGACCCGUCGGCGCUGCCCGAGGACGAGCAGAAGCGACUGCGCGAGCUGAGGGACAUCAAGAGCGACUACCGCCUUCCCAAGGCGACCACCGCUGGCGACGCCCAAGACAAGCGCAAGCAACAAGACGCGGACAAGGCGGUGCAAGUGGAGGGACAGGGCGAGGCCAAGAAGCCGAAGCUGGACGACAAGGCCACGCUCAACCGCCUGCGGAAACUCAAGAAGCGGUUCCGCUCGCUCGAGGCGUCAAACGCCUCCGAGGAGCUCAAGCUCGCGCUCCAACAGCAGAUCGCCGCCCUCACCCCGUCGGCGGAGGAGUCAGCGGAGGCGGCAGUCCAUCGCCGCUUGGCGCAGAUCGACAAGCUGGAGACGAUGCUGCGCGACGGCGUGCAACUCACGGCGGCGGAGCACAAUAAGAUUGCGCGCAAGCAGGAGUUCCUUCAACGCCUGCAGGCCUUCCACCACUGA